AUGAGCAAUCGUGUACGUUACGAUAUUGAUGGGCACUUUUUCAUAAUCAAAUUAAUUGAUCCAAAACACUUGAACUCUUUAACUUUCGAAGAUUUUGUAUACAUUGCACUAUUACUGCAUAAGGCAAAUGAAAUUGAUUCUGUUUUGUUUACAGUUCUACAAAGCUCAGGAAAAUAUUUUUCCUCAGGAGGCAAAUUUUCAGCAGUUAACAAGUUAAAUGAGGGAGAGAGUACCAACGAAGUGGAGAAAAUUUCAAAGCUGGUAUCUGCCAUAAGCUCUCCCAAUAUAUUUGUGGCAAACGCAUUUGCAGUCCAUAAAAAGGUUCUGGUGUGUUGUUUGAAUGGGCCUGCCAUUGGUCUCAGCGCAUCACUGGUGGCUCUUUGUGACAUUGUUUACUCGCAAAAUGAUUCGGUAUUUCUUCUUUUCCCCUUCAGCAAUCUCGGUUUCGUUGCAGAAGUGGGCACUUCAGUUACUCUGACUCAAAAACUGGGUAUAAAUUCUGCGAAUGAGCAUAUGAUUUUCAGUACACCAGUUCUAUUCAAAGAAUUAUUAGGAACUAUUAUUACAAAAAAUUAUCAAUUAGCUGAUACUGAAAUCUUUAACAAGAAAGUUCUUCAAGACUUAAAGCAAAGUUUAGAUGGCCUUUACCCGAAAAGUGUGUUAGGUAUGAAGGAAUUGUUACAUAGACAAAUGAAAGAAAAGCUUAUCAAAGCACAAGCAAUGGAAACCAAUGGUACCUUGCCUUUUUGGGCAAGUGGCGAACCGUUCAAAAGAUUUCAACAGCUUCAGAAAGGAAAUAGGCGCCACAGGUUAUAA